CAGCCCCCCACCGCCCCCAAAGGGGCGAGCGACGCCAAGCUCUGCGCUCUCUACAAAGAGGCCGAGCUGCGCCUGAAGGGCAGCAGCAACACCACGGAGUGUGUACCCGUGCCCACCUCGGAGCACGUGGCCGAGAUCGUGGGCAGGCAAGGCUGCAAGAUUAAGGCUCUCAGAGCCAAGACUAACACCUACAUCAAGACGCCGGUGCGCGGCGAGGAGCCAGUGUUCAUGGUGACGGGGCGGCGGGAGGAUGUGGCCACAGCCCGGCGGGAAAUCAUCUCAGCAGCAGAGCACUUCUCCAUGAUCCGCGCCUCCCGCAACAAGUCAGGAGCUGCCUUUGGUGUGGCCCCUGCUCUGCCCGGCCAGGUGACCAUCCGCGUGCGGGUGCCCUACCGCGUGGUGGGGCUGGUGGUGGGCCCCAAGGGGGCAACCAUCAAGCGCAUCCAGCAGCAGACCAACACGUACAUUAUCACACCAAGCCGGGACCGGGACCCAGUGUUCGAGAUCACCGGGGCCCCGGGCAACGUGGAGCGCGCGCGCGAGGAGAUCGAGACGCACAUCGCGGUGCGCACGGGCAAGAUUCUCGAGUAUAACAAUGAAAACGACUUCCUGGCGGGGAGCCCCGACGCGGCGCUUGACAGUCGCUACUCUGACGCCUGGAGGGUGCACCCGCCCGGCUGCAAGCCUCUCUCCACCUUCCGGCAGAACAGCUUGGGCUGCAUCGGCGAGUGCGGUGUGGACUCGGGAUUUGAGGCCCCACGCCUGGGCGAGCAGGGCGGCGACUUCGGCUACGGCGGGUACCUGUUUCCCGGCUAUGGCGUGGGCAAGCAGGAUGUGUACUACGGCGUGGCGGAGACAAGCCCCCCACUGUGGGCGGGCCAGGAGAACGCCACGCCCACCUCGGUGCUCUUCUCCUCGGCCUCCUCCUCCUCCUCCUCCUCCGCCAAGGCCCGCGCUGGGCCUCCGGGCGCGCAUCGCUCCCCUGCCGCUUCCGCAGGGCCAGAGCUGGCCGGACUCCCGAGGCGCCCGCCAGGGGAGCCGCUUCAGGGCUUCUCUAAACUGGGCGGGGGCGGCCUGCGGAGCCCCGGCGGCGGGCGGGAUUGCAUGGUGUGCUUUGAAAGCGAAGUGACGGCCGCCCUCGUGCCCUGUGGACACAACCUGUUCUGCAUGGAGUGUGCAGUUCGCAUCUGCGAGAGGACGGACCCCGAGUGUCCGGUCUGCCACAUCACAGCCACGCAAGCCAUCCGAAUAUUCUCCUAAGCCCCCUGCCCCAUGCCUCCUGGGCCCACUCUUCAGGGCCCCGCCCUGGACCUGUUUUACACUAGGGCCUUUUGGAAA